UAGGAUUCGCCAGCGAGUAUUUCAGCCCGCAUUAAGAACUGAAAGCGAUCUCGGUGAAUUCAAAAGAUAACGCAAAUGCAUUCCGUGAAACGACGCCGCACACGAUGGGAAGUGGGUGCGAGAGGGUCGUUGACACGUACGAAAUCAUUAUUUUCAGGAUCCCCCGUGAGAAUGCUCGAAACGUUGGGAAGCAUCGUCGCGCGAACGUAGCGCGUUCUCUCUGCAAACAAUAAUACGCCGGCACUUUUCAGCGAUCGAGACCUCGCGAAAUACGCACAACCGAGGCGCGCGGAAGAACGCUUGGUUAUGACGGCGAAGUCGGGGGGUGCGUUAGCGAGGGCAUCGAGUAUCGAUUAGCGGACGAUUCGUGCGGAAUUGAACUCGACUCGUGACACCCUGCACGAUGAUGAUAAUCAGUGACGCAGCGGGUGACAAAGCGCUUCCGGGCGAUACUCGCGGCGGUGACCGCUGCGUGUAGAAGUGAACACGCAAAAUUGUGCAGUGCAUCACGGUCACGACGGGGCACGUCGGGACCGGAUAGAUGAACAUCGGCAAGUCGGUGUCGCGCCUCGACCUGGGCCUGCAAAAUUCAUCUGCCAUGGCGCACCAGGCAAGAGGUCUACCGCAGUUGCGAAUAAAGUUUUAUAAUACGAUCGUCGCCGGUCUCCAAAUAGUCCUCUUGCUCACCGUCCUACCUCAAGAAAGCCUUUGCGGGCGCCACGAGAAACGCUUACUGAAUCAUCUGCUGGCAAAUUACAACACCUUGGAGCGACCGGUCGCGAAUGAGAGCGAACCACUGGAGGUGAGGUUUGGCAUCACUCUGCAGCAAAUCAUCGACGUGGAUGAAAAGAACCAAAUACUUACGACCAACGCGUGGUUGAAACUGGAGUGGACGGACUAUAAUCUCCAGUGGAACGAGUCCGAAUACGGUGGAGUGAAGGAUCUUCGAAUUACGCCGAACAAGCUUUGGAAACCGGAUAUCCUCAUGUACAACAGUGCGGAUGAGGGUUUCGACGGGACGUACCAAACAAACGUGGUGGUCACGCAUAACGGCAGUUGCCUGUACGUCCCUCCGGGCAUCUUCAAGAGCACAUGCAAGAUAGACAUCACUUGGUUCCCCUUUGACGACCAACACUGUGACAUGAAGUUCGGAUCCUGGACCUACGACGGCAACCAGCUCGAUCUGGUACUCAACUCACAGGAGGGUGGUGACUUAUCCGAUUUCAUCAUGAACGGGGAAUGGUACCUCAUCGGAAUGCCGGGCAAGAAGAACACGUUAAUAUAUCAAUGCUGUCCGGAGCCGUACGUUGACGUCACGUUCACGAUACAGAUACGCAGGAGAACCCUCUACUACUUUUUCAACCUGAUCGUGCCCUGCGUGCUGAUAUCGAGCAUGGCCCUACUGGGCUUCACCCUGCCGCCCGAUUCCGGCGAGAAGCUCACCCUAGGAGUGACCAUUCUGCUGUCGCUGACAGUUUUCCUGAACCUCGUGGCAGAAAGCAUGCCGACGACUUCGGACGCUGUUCCUUUAAUAGGUACCUAUUGUCAACCAAUG